CAUACCGUAGGCAGGAGAGUAGCAUCCGUUUUAGAUGUGGAGGUGUGUAGUGAAACAGCCUUAGCACAGCUGCACAGUUAGUGUUGCCCAUGAUGGUUUUAGAUGUUAUUUUGAGAAUGUCUUAACAGUGAUAUACCUUAUUGUAUAGUAUAUGCUUAAUGAUUGUAGUGAUGAAAACUUUAAGAAAGAAGAAAUUCACUAGUCAGGCUACAUUUAAUAAGGUGGGUUGUGAAUGUACGCAUCUGAAUCUGAACUCCACUUUAACUUUAACCAACGUUUAUCUGGCUGCUACUAUUACUAUCAGUAUCACCUUCAGUUAGAUAUGUGUACGCAAUUAUCAGGCCUGAACCGGGCCUAAAAGAAAAUUAUCCUGCCUCUAUCCAGUGGCCUAGCCCUAGGGAAAAGGGCGGUGCCUGGGUGGUACUAUCGGACCCUUUUUUUUUUUACUUUUUAUUAUGGGCGGCGUUUUCAGUCAACGGCUAAUUUUUUCCUUGGGGAAAAAGGGGUCGGGUGGGGGAAACAAUAUUGGCAUAUCCCGGUUGGCACUAACCCUAGCUACGCCACUAACCCUAGCUAUGCCACUAACCCUAGCUAUGCCACUAACCCUAGCUAUGCCACUAACCCUAGCUACGCCAAUAAGCCAAUAACCCUAGCUAAGCCACUAACCCUAGCUAAGCCACUGCCCCUAGCUAAGCCGCUGCUCCUAGCUAAGCCGCUGCCUCUAUACAACUUUAGGAGCUUCCAUUUCAACAAAGAGACUUAGUUACUAGUUGUUUUUUUUUUCUUUUUCUAUCAAUGUUACUCCAGUUCAAAGAAACAUGGUCCAACAAACUAACAGUUUGGGAACCUUCCCUCUCAUAACGUAUAACUCGUAGGUCCGCUAUUGACCUAUUCACAUGGUACAUUACCAUUUGUAGGAUAUUUCACUAUGUUUUCCCGUGGUACACUGAGAUACAACAAAGAGAUGAAUACAUGUAUAAAUAUCCAGUGUGAAUAACAAAAUAUAUAAAUGCUAUAGGCUACAGACAUUAAAUUUUAGCAGCUAAUGUUAAAAUGGAUUCAACAUUCCAAAAGUUUAAGAACCCCUGCUGCAUGGACAAGGUAAAGUCUUUACAUAAGGAAAGUUAUCAAUAAAAAUCAAAAUCUACGACUUUUCUUUUCUUAUGUUCAAAUUAAUUUGAUCUUUUAAAGCUUAAUUAACCCAUGACCCAUGGCUUAGACUUAGAUGAAAUCUAGAUGACCGGUUGGGAUCACCAAAAAGUUCAGAGUUUGGUGAGGUGACAUCUCCAUUAAAGCAGAUGUCCACAGUUCAUGUAUAUAAUAUAAAGCAGAUGUCCACAGUUCAUUUAUACAUUCUCAAUUUUAAUUAAGAGUUCAGAAUUGUAACUGAUAAAUUCUCCCAAAGAUCGUUCUUCAAUGUUGCAUAAAGCAACAGCAAUGGGCCCAAGAGAGCAAUCUUGUUGAGUGAAAUUAAAGAGCGUGACAUCGCUAAUUAGUUUUGUAUAUGUAGCCUAUCUCUUAUUUAUCUUUGCCAGCAUAUGAUUUGAUUCAAUCGCCCCAUCAAUGACUUUAACCACACUGAGAAAUAGAAAUUAUUUCCUGCCAAAAUAAUGCACAAAUUAUGUGUGUACAUUGCAAGAGCCAUGUUGUCACUGGUGUGUCUCCUGUUCAGCUUGUGCCCAUGUUUGCCUUUAGGAAGGGCAAUGGCUGUGGAGGUGCCCUUUGUCCCCAAGCAGAUACUUAUCUAUGGAGGUGAGUAGUCACUAUUUUUUUUAAAUUUUAAUAGUCACACCUAACUAUUAUGUUGCAGUUAUAUAAAUACACAAAAGCAAGAAUUUCAAGCAUUUUGUGCUGAAAUGGUACAAGAGAUUUGAAACCCCAAAAAUAUACCGUUAUGGGAAAUAAAAAGAGUAACAAGAGCUGCUUGUUUUAAAAUUUAUUAAUUUUUAUUUUUACAUAUUUAUUAAUUAUUCAAUGCAAAAUGUAUUAUUAUUUACAGUUAAUGUUAGUAUUGUUAGGAGAAAAAAAUAGUGGUACGGUAACCAUAAUCUAUUAAAAUUAAAGCUAAUGAUGAAUGAUAACCAAAAUAAAAUUGUAUCUGUGUUUCAAAAUAAGUUAAUCCAGCCCAUUGUCUCAUUAAGUAAAUAAUUAUUUUUUGAAAUAUUAUUCUUGUAUCUUUUAGGUUUAUUUAUAUUUUGCCUUUAAUUCAUAAUAAAUUGCAAUAAAUCUUAAAUGAUAGAAGUUCAUCAAAUAGUGAAUUUGAAGACAAGGGAGCACACUCCUAAUGACAAAGGAACUCUGCCAUUAAAUUGCAUGUAACAAAAUUUAUUUUUUUCAGGUAAUGGAUUUAUUGGCACUAGUACAGCCGAACGUCUGAUUGAAGCUGGGCACAACUUGACUCUGAUCAACAGGGGAAAUUGGUACUGGGACUCAGGAUUCACAGUCACGCCCUUUGUUAAGCUUAUCAAAUGUGAUCGCAUGCAAGCAGUAAGUGUUGCUUUUUGUGUGGGUGAUUUGAGUGAUGAAACCAGUGUUGCCAACUCUAUUGGGGCACUAGAUACCAGACUAAAACCAUUAGAAAACACUAAAUUGUUCUCAAAGCUCCUAAGUGACUGAACAAAUGAUAAAAGUGAAUAUUUACAGUUCUUUAUCUGUAUUAAACUGUGUACAGUAUGAAUUCUUUUUUUUCAAAACUAAUAAAUAAUAGCCCAUUCUUGAAAUAGUUUUGAAACACAACAAAAUUCAUCAAAUCUUUACUUUCUGGCACAAUAUUACCUCACAAAAAAAUCUUUAAAAGGCAAACUUGAAUUUUUCAAUAAAAUAUGCUGGAAGAUUUCUAUCUCAUUUAAUAGAGCAAAAUCAACACAAAAUCGUAAGUUAACAAAUAAUUAUAUACCAGGUACUUUGAAAAAAGUGCUAUGGAAUUAUGUGGGUUUUUUUUUUUUGGUUUUUAAAAGCUGAUUUGUACUUAUCAAAUGUGUAAAAUACACCUAAGCUUUCUAAGUUUUCAUGUGUUGUUCAUAACAGAAUAUUUUAUAUAUUUGUCAGUAGGGCCCACCAUAAGACGUUUUACAAAAGGUGAUUUUUACAGUGUUUUUAAAAUUGUGCUUGUAAUUGCAAAGCAUCACUUCACAUUUUAUAGUAAAUAGAAGGUAAACAAAACCAUGGCCAUAUCCCUUUCGUAAGAGUAGACACAACUGAAUGGGGGAUCAGUAGCAGCGCUGUGUGAUCCAGCGUGUUGCAUCCAUCUUCUUUCAGUUUAAUCACAUUAAACCUUUUUACAUCCAAAAACACUUUCUUUGGACCACCGAAUCUCCAGGUCCAGGCAUUUCCCAUGGCCUGACAUGUGUUUCUUCCACCCUAUAAAAUUUCAAGAACGUUUCUAUAAAAAUAUUUAAAAAAUUAAUAUCUUAUGACAAAAAACAUCACAUUACUACAAUAAGGAUUUGAUUAUUCAUUUUCUCACCUUUUUUUGCUUCACAUGUCACAAAAGCUAAAAUGUAUAUAAGGUUUUGCUUCACAUGUCCACAGAUAGACAAAUGCACAGAGCUAAAUGAUUACAUCACCAACACAGAACAAAUAGAUGCUGUCAUUGAUUUCAGUGCCUACCAUUCCCAGUCUCUUGUUGACACUUUGGAUUUGGUCAAGGGCAAGGUCAAGCUCUAUAUUUUCAUUAGCACAGACUCUGUUUAUGAUGUAAGGAUUUAUUUAGCUUAUUUAUUUAUAGCUGAAGUAUUCUAUAAUAGACUCUGCUCAAACUUUGUUUUUGCAUAAAUCAAGGAUAUUAGCUAAAUAGAGUUAUUAUAUGCCAUCAAUGAAUCUGUUAAUAGUACUGAGAUUUGCAAUCUCUUAAAAACUAUUUUUAAGCUUUGUCAAUCUAAUUUAAGGGAAGCCCUUUAUUGGGUUCAACUAACUCCAGAUGUUUACAUGAAUACUAUCUGUUAAACAAAUAAAUGUUUGAGGGGGAAAGUUUUUUAUAAGUGUAUGAAAAAUUUAAAUACAUGACUUUAAAGUCAUUAAUGGGAAUGCCUGCUCUACCCCCAUUCCUCUUCUAUAAUUGUCAGUCAAUAUGAAUUGUAUUUGUAGCUUUUUGCAUAAGUUCAUGAUAUAUUAUAAAUUUAAGUAUUUAGGUAUCAUCUAUUUUCAUCUUGCUCAAGUUCAUGAUGCAUUAUUUUCAGGUUUGUCACAAGAAUCACACAGAGCCAAGCCUUGAGACAGAUUCUGUUCGGCCCAUAUCAGCAGAAGUGAGAGAAAAGCUUGAGGCCAAGGAGAGCUAUGGCCAUCGCAAGCUUUUGUGCGAGGAGACUUUGGCCACCUACAGACAAGAGAAAAAUGGUCCACCAUAUGUGAUUCUGAGACUGCCAGAUGUUGUGGGCCCUCGAGACAAUACCUACCGCUGGUGGAUUUACCAGCUUUGGAUGAAGCUCAGGCCUUAUUUGGAGAAAGAUGUUGUAAUACCUUCGCAUCUGGAGAAACGGCCGAUGAGCUUGGUUUACGUCAACGAUGUUGCUGAUUUGAUUCGAAAUAUUGUGCAUGGUUUAUUUCCUGCAGCCACUGAUCAAAUCUUUAAUUUGGCACAGAAAGAAUUGAUAACCCUAAAAGAUUUCCUAGAGGAUAUGAAAAAGGAACUAAACCUGACUGAUGUUAAUAUUGCUGUCAAUAACAAGCCUGACACAAUAAGACUAUUCCCAUCAGUUCAUGUUGGGCCUGUGGAUACCACCAAAGCAGAGAAAAUCUUGAGGUGGUCACCAACAAAAUGGGAAACUGUCUUGAGGCUUACGUGCGAUUACUACGAGAAAGCCAUCAAGAUUGUGUAUUUUGACAGAGUUAGGAAUGACAUGAUCAGGACCAUGCAGACCUAUUUCACAUCAAAGCCCUAUGAUGUCAUCAGGGGCCUCAAAGCUGUCUAUGGCUUACAAUACCCAGAGCAGAGAGAUGAAUUGUAAAUUGCUUGUCUGUAUAUUCCAAUAAAAUAAUUCUAUCUCUCUUGUUUUAAAAUAAUUUUACUCUAAAGGUGGGGAACAUUGAAAAGUAGAUGAUAGCAUACAAAUUGUAACACUAAAAAGAAAUCAGUUUUGUAAUAAAAUAAAUUUACAAAUUAAAAACAAAGUUAACUAAUAGUCACUGGUGGAUUAUUUUAUUUAGGAGCCUGCAAAUAAAACCAAACCCUGAUUGUCAAUGGAUUACAAUAGAAAACUGCUUUAGUCAUUGAUGAGGAAUGGAAGAGCCCUAAUUGUUUAUAGAUGAGAGCUUAUAGAUCAGGGCUAAUUCUUUCUAGGACCGAAAGAUUUAACAAUGAUUUUGUUCCCCAGUCUGUAUGAAUUUACCAGAGUGCUCCCCCUGCUGUGACAAAAUGUAAAUGAUCACUAAUUAUGUCAUUAUUGUCACUAAAGAAGUUCAUUUAUGCUGAUUUCUACUCUAGAGAAAUACUUGUCUUGUGUUUAAAUUGUUAUAAUUUUAAAAUGUCUAGUUUUAAAUAUAUAUUUAUUUAUGUGCAGUAAAUGAAUACGUACAAGGUAAUAAAAAAGCAUUUCCAUUUAGGCAAAAAUGAUAAAAAUUUCUGAGAAUCAUUUUUGAAAUUUUACAAUGGAGUGUGUUAAUAUUUUUUACUUGCAAGUCCAUAAAUAAUCCAAAAAGCACAGAUUCUUUUUAUUGGCGCAUUUUGAAUUUUAAAGAUAUGCACACUGAAUUAGGUAUCCUUAUAAACAGAACAUUAUCAUACCUAUCCUGUCAGAUAAAAUAAAGAAUUCCACCUGCUAUUUUUCUGACAUUACAUUCAGUAUUAACUUAUGUUUAUUUUACUGCUGGGUACGUCAACUUAUACGGUGGCACUGAUUAUUAAUUAUGUAGCUGUAAUGUAUUUUUAAAAAAAUCAAAUUUAUCUGUAAUGAAUUAUCAACUUGUUCAUAUGUAAAAUCUCUUUGGUGAUCUUUACAAUUACUGUUGUUCAAUGAUAACUUCAAGUACCGGUACACAGCUUUCAAACAAUUUUUCCACGAACUUUGUUUCUGGUUAACCGAAGGAUAAACAAAUGCCCACACUUGUACUUUAUGUAUUACUUAUACUCUGAUGAUAUAAUCUGGGCAUUACUGCCUUGCAUAAGAAAUAUCAUUAAGUAUUAAUUUAUAUAUAUUUGCCGUUUUUUGAGUGCACAUUUAUAUGAUUUUUAAAUUUCAUUCUUUACAUCUACUUGGUGCUAAUUAUUUUUUUAAAUAUAUAUAUAUAUUUUUUUUAAUAGUAUACAUGCUAUGACUCUAUAAAUGAAAAUGUACUUGAACGCUUUAAUAAAAUAUGGCAAUAAAAUUGAAAGGCUCCAUUCUAUGGGUAAUUUUUGUCUUUAUGCUCAACUUUAAUAAUUCUCGGUAUCAUAUGUCGCAUAUCAUUUUCUUUUCAUCUAUAUUUGUCAAUAAUCAACACUAUAAUCUAUUCUAUCUUCAAACUUAUUUUGAAGAGAUCCAUUUUGAAAAUUCCAAGUAUUAAAACUGCUCACGCUACAUGUUAGCAAAUACACAUCCAUGAAUGAUAUCUUAAUCUUUUAGUAAAAAAAACAACUCAGUAAUGUGCACCCAUAAAUGAUCAAUCUACUAAUGGCAAACGCCACAGUUUAGU